GCUGCCGGGGAGCGGCAGGUGGAGCCGGGCCGUGGAUGGGCGCGGGGCCAGGUCCCGUGAACGCGUCCCGGGGCUCGCUCGCUGGGCGGGAGUGCGGCGCGAGCGUCGCGGCCAGGCGGGAGGCGGCCCCGGGGACUGGACCGAGCGGGGGCGGGGACCGCUCGCCGCCUGCGCGGUUCCGGGUGUUCCCGCCGCGCGCAGCCCGGGGCGCACUUGACCGGGGUCGGGCUGCGGGGAAGGGCGGGUCUGGGGAGAACCCCAGAGCGCCAAGGCGUCCUCCAGCCCCUCCUCCUCGCGGCCGCCGGAGCCACAGCCCGAGCCGGAGCCGGCGCCACCUCGCUCCCCGGCUCGCGCGCCUCCAGCCAUGGCUUUCGCCAAUUUCCGCCGCAUCCUGCGCCUGUCUACCUUCGAGAAGAGAAAGUCCCGCGAAUAUGAGCACGUCCGCCGGGACGUGGACCCCAACGAGGUGUGGGAGAUCGUGGGCGAGCUGGGCGACGGCGCCUUCGGAAAGGUUUACAAGGCCAAGAACAAGGAGACAGGUGCUUUGGCUGCCGCCAAGGUAAUUGAGACCAAGAGUGAGGAGGAGCUCGAGGACUACACGGUGGAGAUCGACAUCCUGGCCACCUGUGACCACCCCUACAUCGUGAAGCUCCUGGGAGCCUACUACUAUGACGGGAAGCUGUGGAUCAUGAUCGAGUUCUGUCCUGGAGGAGCUGUGGACGCCAUCAUGCUGGAGCUAGACAGAGGCCUCACGGAGCCCCAGAUUCAAGUGGUUUGCCGCCAGAUGCUGGAAGCCCUCAACUUUCUGCACGGCAAGAAGAUCAUCCACAGGGAUCUGAAAGCUGGCAACGUACUGAUGACCCUCGAGGGAGACAUCAGGCUGGCUGACUUUGGUGUGUCUGCCAAGAAUCUGAAAACUCUGCAAAAGCGAGAUUCCUUCAUAGGAACGCCUUACUGGAUGGCCCCUGAGGUGGUGAUGUGUGAGACCAUGAAGGACACACCGUAUGACUACAAAGCCGACAUCUGGUCCCUGGGCAUCACUCUGAUUGAGAUGGCCCAGAUUGAGCCCCCGCACCAUGAGCUCAACCCCAUGCGGGUCCUGCUCAAGAUUGCCAAGUCGGAUCCCCCUACUCUCCUCUCGCCUUCUAAGUGGUCUGUGGAGUUCCGCGACUUCCUGAAGACAGCCCUAGAUAAGAACCCCGAGACGCGGCCCAGUGCUGCACAGCUCCUGGAGCAUCCCUUUGUCAGCAGCGUCACCAGCAACAAGGCCCUGCGGGAGCUGGUGGCCGAGGCCAAGGCCGAAGUGAUGGAGGAGAUCGAGGACGGCCGGGAGGAGGGGGAAGAGGAGGAGCCCCCGGAUGCCACCUCUCCUCUGGGGAACCAUACUCGAGACUCUUCUGAGGUGAGUCAACUGAGUCUCAAUACCGACAAGCUUCUGAAAGAAUCAUCCUUCACCCCACUGCCACCCAGCCAGCCUCAGGACAGUGUGAAUGGGCCCAGCCAGCCCUCUGGGGACAGAUCCCUCCAAACCACCAACCCCCCAGAUGUGGCUCCUGGAAAUGAGAAUGGCCUGGCAGUGCCAGCACCCUUCCGGAAGUCCCGGCCAGUGUCAAUGGAUGCCAGAAUUCAGGUGUCCGAGGAGAAGCAAGUCACUGACCAUGGCGGGGACCUCAGUCCAGCAGCCAUCAGGUCCCAGAAAGCAAGCCAGAGCCGUCCCAACAGCAGUGCCCUGGAGACCUUGGGUGCCGAGAAGUUGGCCAACGGCAGCUUGGAGCUCCCCACCCAGGCAGCCCCGGGCCCGUCCAAGAGGGACUCAGACUGUGGCAGCCUCACCGCCUCUGAGAGCAUGGACUACAACACCUCCCUCUCAGCCGACCUGUCCCUGAACAGAGAAACAGGGUCUCUGUCCAUCAAGGACUCAAGGCUGCACAAUAAAACCCUCAAGAGGACACGCAAGUUCGUGGUGGAUGGUGUGGAGGUGAGCAUCACCACGUCCAAGAUCAUCAGCGAGGACGAGAAGAAGGAUGAGGAGAUGCGAUUUCUCAGGCGCCAGGAGCUCCGAGAGCUUCGGCUCCUCCAGAAAGAAGAACACCGGAACCAGACCCAGCUGAGCAGCAAGCAUGAACUGCAGCUGGAGCAGAUGCAUAAACGUUUUGAACAAGAAAUCAAUGCCAAGAAGAAGUUCUUUGACACGGAGCUGGAGAACCUGGAGCGUCAACAGAAACAGCAAGUGGAGAGGAUGGAGCAGGACCAUGGUGUGCGCCGCCGGGAGGAGGCCAGGCGGAUCCGGCUGGAGCAGGAUCGGGACUACACCAGGUUCCAGGAGCAGCUCAAACUGAUGAAGAAGGAGGUGAAGAACGAGGUCGAGAAGCUCCCCAGGCAGCAGCGGAAGGAGAGCAUGAAGCAGAAGAUGGAGGAGCACGCACAGAAAAAGCAGCUUCUCGACCGGGACUUCCUGGCCAAGCAGAAGGAGGACCUGGAGCUGGCGAUGAAGAAGAUCACUGCUGACAACAGGCGGGAGAUCUGUGACAAGGAGCGCGAGUGUCUCACUAGGAAGCAGGAACUCCUUCGAGACCGGGAGGCAGCCCUGUGGGAAAUGGAGGAGCAUCACCUGCAGGAGAGGCACCAACUGGUGAAGCAGCAGCUCAAAGACCAGUACUUUCUCCAGCGGCAUGAGCUGGUGCGCAAGCACGAGAAGGAGCGGGAGCAGAUGCAGCGCUACAAUCAGCGCAUGAUGGAGCAGCUGAAGGUGCGGCAGCAGCAGGAGAAAGCACGGCUGCCCAAGAUUCAGAGGAGCGAGGGCAAGACGCGCAUGGCCAUGUACAAGAAGAGCCUCCACAUCAACGGCGCAGGCAGUGCCUCUGAGCAGCGCGAGAAGAUCAAGCAGUUCUCCCAGCAAGAGGAGAAGAGGCAGAAGUCAGAGCGGCUGCAGCAGCAGCAAAAACAUGAGAACCAGAUGCGGGACAUGAUGGCACAGUGUGAGAGCAACAUGAGUGAGCUGCAGCAGCUGCAGAAUGAAAAGUGUCACCUCCUGGUAGAACAUGAAACCCAGAAGCUGAAGGCUCUAGAUGAGAGCCAUAACCAGAACCUGAAGGAAUGGCGGGACAAGCUUCGGCCACGCAAAAAGGCUCUGGAAGAAGAUCUGAACCAGAAGAAGCGAGAACAGGAGAUGUUCUUCAAAAUGAAUGAGGAGACAGAAUGCCUGAACCCUACCACCCCAAAUAAGGCCACCAAGUUCUUCCCCUACAGCUCUGUGGAUACUUCUUAACAGCCAGCUGGGGCUGGGGCUCCAGGGUGGGGGGCUUCCAAGGCCCACCCAUUCUCUGUGAACAAGUAACUCAGGACCCCCCCUUCCCUCUUGCUUCCAUGACAACUUGAAUCCAGCCCCUUGCCUUGUGCUACCCCAGCUGUGCCCAACAGACUCAUGCUAGUGUUCCUUAAUUCUCGCUCUCUUAUGGCGGGCGAGGUUUUAUGAUGUGUGGCCUGAUCCUAAUGUAUGUCCUGUUUGAGCCCCACAUCUCUCCAAGUUGUCAGUGACCUGGGCUGCUAGUGGGGUCAGGGUCCAGGAGGAAUGGUGUUCUGCAGCCUUGAGGCCCUCUUGUUUGCCGAAACACCCGUUUUGCUGUCUGUGGGCACAAAGUGCUGCCGCUGGUUAUGAUGAGUUUGUCCAUAUUGUGAUUCUUGCCAGCUUUUCAGCCAUUCCUUCUAGUAUCAGACAAAAACCAUGACUCUUAGCAGACCUUUUGGUUCCUAGUGAAGCCCACCCUGCAGCCAGCUGCUCAGGGGGUGCCCUCAUCCUUCCAGUAACCCCCGAUUUACUUUUCUCUUGAGACAAGGCCAUAUCUACAACAGUGGGAUCGAGGAGAGCCUGAACUGUUCAUUCUGCUGGUCUUGGGUGUUUCGUGCCAUCUUGUGCCCCCCCCCGCCUUACCUGACACAUCUGCAUACACAUACAUAGGGCUUGGCUCCCUGGCAUUACCCAGGCUUGCCUCUGCCCUAGGCCUCUUGUGCCAGGUGGGUUGAAACACAUUCACUGCCUGAGCCUGUGCCACCGAGCAUGUGUAGGUGAAGCCACUGGUGUGAAGCGUGCUGGGUGCUGGCAUAAAUGGUACAGGCUGAGCUGCCAGUCUGUGAUUCCCUUUGGCCCCCAAAUAGGCUCCUGUGUUCAGGGGUAAAUUCCGCACCACACAAGACUGUGCUUAGGCUAUUGCUGUCUCACGCCUGCCCAUCCUGGCUGCCGGUGAUAUGGGAAGGCUGCUUCCCUCUAGCAGGAGUCUGGCCUUACACUGGAGACACCGGCUGGUGGUCACUGGGAUUUCUGUUGAGGAAGAAAAAGCCUCAAGGAGAAAUGUAAUGCUUCCUGUCCCCAGCAACACAGCGGAUGCAAAGCUUCUGUAUCUCAGAUGGAAUCCUGGGCCUUUGGGUUACUCAGCUGGCCUCCAACAGAUUCUGAUUCCCACAGGCUGCUGGAUGUAGAUAACCUGGUAAAAGUCAUGCUUAAACAGGCAUUCAGUUUAUCUACAAAGAAAACUUUGUUCACUUUGAUUUCUAACUUGAAACAAAUAUAAAUGAAUGGCUUCGAUAGGAAGAUACCUGCUUUAAAACAAAACCGAAGGUAAUUUUGAGGAAUCCCAUGGAUGAUAUAUUAAGUCUGGGUACCAUUUUGCUGGUGAUGGAGUGGCUAAGAUCCAGGGACGAUGUUUUCCUUCACUCCUAAAUGUUUAAGGUUUGAUGCUUGGUCCUAAAGCAAUUCUCUUGAAGUUUUUGUGGUGCUGGUUAGAACUGGAUCUUGGGGAGGGUGGGUAGCCAUGCAACAAGAAGAGACUCGGGGUUCCCAAGGCUUAUGUAUACAGUGAAGAUGCUCUGGGGGCUGUGGGAAGGCAGGGGUCCUCUUAAGCUGGCGAACAUUCAGCUUGUCUGCUUCAGUAUUUGACCCAGAUGGGACAGUUUUCUCGUCUCAUACAUGUGAGAUAAGGGAAACCAUCGUCCCCUUCUAUUCCUUUUGGUGCACAGGUACUGGGAAAAUGUGAACUAGCAGCAGUGUAAUUACAGAACAUUGACAGAGUUCCACCAGACAAGGCCAGCACUGGCAAAUGGUCAGGCAGGGCUGAUACUGGCUUUGUUUACAAUAUUGCCUUUUGCAGCCUGGGGUGUGAGAGAGAGUAUUCAGGUGAAAUGCCACGGUUCAGAUGAAAGUCUUUGAUCAUUCCCCUAUUUGGCUCAUCAUUUACAUGACUUAAGGAUUUGCUCCUUCCCUGUUCCGUGCUGCCCAAGGCCUGAUAGCUCCCUUGUCUUUUCUGGAGAGGGGCUGGUUGGGUCCUCCAGCCUCAUGAUGGAGCCAGCGUGCAUACCCAUCAGUGAGAAGGCCCACACAGUAUUCCUCAUGCCCUGUGCUAAUGUUUCCUCUGUAAGGGACAGAUGGAACUGUUCCUCGUUUUCAGUCUGUUUUUGGCAGAGUAAAUAUAACUAACUUAUAUUUUCCCUUUAUAAAGGAUAGAAGUUAUUUUUAUGUCAUUUCAAAACUUUAUACAGAACUUUUGUAAAAUUUUCUCUGCAAACUUUAACUGCAAGAAUGUAAAUAUGCUUCUAAUAAAACAACAAGGUGA